AUGUCGGCAACUCUCAAACACGAACACCUGGGUGAAUUGAAGGGCAAGAGUGUGGAUGGGAUAGCACAGUUCCUUGGUCUGAAGUAUGCUUCGAUAAAGGAUCGCUUGGCCGCACCUGAGCUUGUUGAAAACUAUGGAGCUGGCGCUACAGACGCUUCGAAAUUUGGACCUCCUCCAGUGUCUCCAAUUGGUGCUAUUGAACGUGAAUUUGGUUUUAUCCAGAAAUCAUUGCCACUCCCAGAGGUUCCUGCGCAUUCCGAUCUCGAAGGCUUGAAUCUCAAUAUCACUGUGCCAACGAACAAGGAUGGCGCUAUUGACCCGAACGCGAAGCUUCCUGUCUUUGUCUUCAUUCAUGGAGGCGGAUUCGCUGUCGGAAGUAGUUGGUACCCGCACUAUGACCCGGCUCCCAUAGUUAGGAUGUCUGUCGAGAAGAAGAAACCCGUCAUUGGUAUCACCAUAAACUACCGACUAGGUUUCACAGGCUUCGCAACUUCCGAAGAACUGCGCAAAGCAGGUUACAAAGCAAACAAUGGCUUUUACGACCAGCGUACAGCUUUUCAGUGGAUCAAAAAGUUCAUAGGCGGUUUUGGAGGUGAUCCGGAUGAGAUCACUGCAUGCGGAGAGAGCGCCGGCGGAUUAUCUGCGACAGUCUUACUUUGCUCCAAGGAGCCGCUGAUGAAGCGCUGUUUGAGCACUGGAGGAGCCGUACUACUUUUCAAGCCUAUCCCGGAAUUUGUGGCAGAGUCAUCGUACCAACAAGCCAUAGACGCGUUUGGUCUGAAAGACAAGUCACCAGAGGAUCGUAUCAAGGCCCUUUUGAGUAUGCCUGUGGACGACCUUUGGCAAAAGGUUCCCCCUACAGCGCCGAUGCUACCUUCUAUCGAUGGCGUUACUAUGCCUGGUUCACCCGACUUCCUUACGGUUUCAUCUCAGGAGGAUAGCCCAGCCUUUAUGAUGCCAGGUAGGAGGUGGUGCAAGGCUUUCAUGAUAGGAGAGUCAAAACUAGAUGCCAACAUCCUUGCAUAUCUAGGUCUCGAUGGCCGCAACCCCGGCAUCGCACAAAAGUUCAUCGACUCCUGCAAGGCUACACUAUCCAAUCAUCCGGAUGUAGCGGAACAACUUCUCAAAGCCUACAGUAUCACUCCAGAGACCCCAGACGACGAAGGCAUUCUUUCGAUUCUGCGUUUCGCCUCCGAAAUCUCCUUUUAUGCGCCUUCUCGUGCCUUCGCUAAAGGCUGGCCCAAUACCGCCGACUCAAAGUUCUUCCUCUACCACUUCAAUGAAGGUAUACCUUGGGAGGGUCGUUUUCAGGGUGAAGCAGGCCAUAUUCUCGAUGUCUCAUACCUCUUCCAGAACUAUAACGACCACCUGGACGAUGCGCAACAGAAAGUGGCACGGGAAUAUGGAGAAGACUUCAUCAAAUUCGUCAAUGGAGAGGAUCCUUGGCCGCCUGUGCAGACUGAAAAGCUGAGUGCUAAAGUGUACGGACCGAGUGCUGAUGGUGUUACAAGUAGGUGGGUUCCGGAUGGUGAUCCAGCGAAGAUUGGAAGAGACGACAGAAUCCUGAAAUUGGGAGAGAUGGCAGGAUUUGAUACUAUUCAGGACGUUUUUCAGAACUUUUUCCAAGGAAAAUAG